AUGUUUGGCAGCUUGACAAGCUCAAUGACGACCUUGCUAAGGUCAAUAUCUGGUGGGAUGAAUUGGGAAGGUCCAGCAGAAGCACUAGGCGAGGUCGGAACGGAAUGGGAGGCACUGUUUACGAUGUACGUGGCAUUCUCAUGUUUUGCUGUUUUAAAUGUGAUGACGGGAGUGUUUUGCCACAGCGCCAUCAGCGGUGCCCAGCAGGACGAACACCUCAUGGUCCAGUCCCUCUUGCAAGAGAAGGACAAAUUCCGGCAGAAGUUCGAGCACCUCUUCAAGGAGGUGGAUGACGACGGGACGGGGCGGAUUACUCUGAACGAGUUCGAGCGCCACUUCAAGGAUGAGGCCAUGGCAGAGCUCUUCGAAGCUCUUGGCCUGGGCUCCACAGACGCUUGGAGCCUCUUCCAGGAGGGGACCUCGGAAACUUACCAGAGCUAA